UUCCCCAGCCCUCACAGACAAGAUCGGUACUUAAACGGGGCUGAUGCAACGACUUCAGCUAGUCCCCUAAACCGACAUCCGACUCCUGACUCCCGCAUCGUGCCAUUAUUAUUACUACUGCGGCUUUUUGGACGCACAACAGCGUCCAAACACAGUUGCAUCAUUGACAGAAGACGACUGACAAGUUUUCUCUGACGGCGGUGGUGGCCGUGUCGGACAUGAUGCCGGGACAGAUACCUGACCCUUCGCUGGCGGCGGGCUCCCUGCCCAGCCUGGGCCCGCUGGCGGGCAUCUCGGCCACCACGCUCACUGAUCAACUCAAGCUGGCUGACUUCCGGCAGCUGGGCACCAUGUUGUCCCCACUGCAUUUCCUGGGGAGGUUGGGGAAGAGGCCGCUCGCCAUCAAGACAGAGAUGGAUGAAGAUGAAGAAAGAAGGAAACGGAGACGAGAGAAAAACAAAGUAGCAGCAGCACGAUGCCGAAACAAAAAGAAGGAACGGACUGACUUCCUUCAAAGGGAAUCGGAGCGUCUGGAGAUGGUGAACUCGGAACUCAAGGCCCAGAUCGAGGAGCUCCGUCUGGAGAGGCAGCAGCUAAUGGUGAUGCUCAAUCUCCACCGGCCCACCUGCAUCGUGAGAACCGAUAGCGUCAAAACACCUGAGAGCGAGGCCAACCCCCUGCUGGAGCAGCUGUCCACUGACACCAAGUGAAACCAGGAAACCAGGGACACAGAGUCCCUGAAGCCCUACCUAGCACCACCGUGGCAGCCAUAAAAAUGAAAAGAAAACUGGCAAUACAUUUCUAAAUAAGCACUUGAGCUCCAAGCUGGAGACUUUUGGAGACUCUGCCCGAGGACUUGAGGUUGUAGGGCAUCCUCAGUACUGCUACAUGAGCUGGCUCUGUCCAUUGGAAGACUGGAAGUACCCAGUUUCAUCUCUGCAUUAAGAGUUGUUGUCAACACUUAAUGCGCUGUGCCUAGUUGUUACUUCAACCAUCUCUACAUAAAGGGACCAAUGUAAACCGUAGAGUACGACUGGAAACUACGCUGAGGAAACACUAAUAUCAAUAUGGUGCUCUGUUACAAAAGCCCUGAGUAAACUGUGUGGCAUUGUUUCAGUGCAGAAGCCCACAAAGGCUUAGUGUCCUGCAGUUUUCCUUUGUAUGCUAGUCGAAAUAUACAGGUGUAGAGUUUUUAGGAUACAAUACUCAAUACAAGUACACCAAACUGAGUAGAGUUUUUUUGUUUUUGUAAUGUUGAUUUCUAUACCCUGCCUUGACGAUGGCAGAUACCGGUUGAUCCGAUUUGUGGUGACGCUGGCGUCAUGAAAAGCACAUAUACACAAAAUGUUUACACCCUUGUUUUUUGUACUUGUUGUCUGUCCAUUAUUGUACUUGUUUUAUACUGCUUUGUAUACAUAAACAUAUAUGAAAUGCUUGUUAAUCACUUGAUGUGAUUUGUCUUUUCAGUCUUUCCAGUCUGUCUCCGUCAUGUUGCGCUGUCAAACAGCUGUGAAAACAAGCAGAAAUCUUUUCAGCUGAGCAGUAUUUCAAUGUCUGUUCUGGACCUGUAUCUGCUAUGUAAGACUCUGUUACCCUGAAUAGAUUAAAUUUUAUUUUCUAACUACAAGAAAGAAUAUGCCUUUUUUCUCAAGUGAAAUUAAUCAGUCAUUUUAUUUGUUCUCAUCAGUCAUGGUGAAGAACCAAAUGACAAAAGUUGUGCAAACAUGUUUUCUAACAGCUGAGGCACAUUGCCAAAGUCAGGGAUUUUCUUUAAUUUGCAAAACUCAGAAAAGGUCAUUCAUGCUUUUAUUUCUCCCAGACUCCCUUUGUUCAGAACUCAGCAGGAGAAAAAUCUCCCAUAUGCAGAACAGACAGCUAAUAAAUGUUUGACAGGAUACAUCUUAGAAGUUAUUUUUAUCUUAUUUUUUUAUUAAACAUUUUAUUUCCUACUUAAA